AGCCAUCGAGCCGGCAGGAGCCGUGGUGCCUGCAGAGCCUGCCCUGCACUGCGCUGCCCCAGGGCAUCCCCCGCUGCUGUGCCUGUGCCCCCCGGGCCACGGGGGACCCCCAGGGCAAGGAGGAGGAGGAGGAGCCCCCCGAGAGCACCUGCAGGCUGCUGCACUUCCGCAGGUUUGCCCUGGGGGACAAUGGGGAGUUGAGCGUUGAUGGCCUCUGCACCCUGGGGGAGGCCGAGGGGGAGCUGCUGGAGGAAUCUGGUCCCGAGCCAGGGGGCAGGAACGUGGGGAGCAGCCUCUGCCUGGCCAAGUACCUGCUGGGGGUCCUGGGGGACCCCUUCUGCGACGCCGUCCGCAGGGACAGGGACAUGUGGCCGGGAGCCCCCGGCGGGCCCGAGGAGGGUCCAGCACAGCCGCCUGAGUGCACCCCAGGGCGAGACCACCCCGUCACAGCCCUGGUCCCCACGCAGUUCGUGCCCACCUGUGUCCUGACCAGGCUCUGGAAGCUUCUGCACGAGGUCAGGGCCAAGUUUGGCAUCGAGUCCCGCUGUCCCUGCGGGCGAGGGGCUGCGGAGCAGAGCCCGGCCGAGCCCCCGGGCAGGCAGGAGCCGCCAGGGGCCGCGGUGCCCACCCUGCCACCCCCCAGCCGCGGCCAAGCCGACCCCUCCCGGCCCAUCAAGGAAGAGAGCCCCGAGCUGGGGCCGCCGUCGCCGGGGCAGCCCCCGGCACGGGGGGCCGUGCAGACCACCACGCUGUGCGACCUGCUGGCCUCCACCGCCGUGAAGCUGUGCCUGGGGCAGGACGGGGUGCGCAUGGCCUUCGCCCCCGUGGUGCCCACGCUGCCCAGUGACAACCGCCUGACCAGCAUCCUGGACAGCAUCAUCGCCCGCGUGGUGGAGAGGAAGAUCCAGGAGAGGCAGGCGGGGGGGGGAGAGCUGAGCCCCCCCAGCCCCUCUGAGCCCCCCGCAUCCCACUGCGUGCUGGAGCCCAGCGGGCUGCUCUGGCUCCACGACCCCGGCCACGCCAGCAACUACAAACUCUUCCAGGAGCACUGGCGGCAGGGCCAGCCCGUGCUGGUUUCAGGGCUGCAGAAGAGGCUGGAGGGGCGGCUCUGGGGGCCGGAGUCGUUCCGCCCAGCCCGGGGGGAGCAGGAGGUGGAGGCGGUGAACCUGCGGGCACCGGCGAGCCGCGUCCGCCUGAGCAGCUGGCAGUUCUGGGAUGGCUUUGCCACCAGUGCAGCAUCCCCAGAGCGGGAACAUGGCGGUGGGGACUUGCUGAAGCUGGAGAGUGGCCUUGGGGACAUGGAGCUGAGCCGGGUCACCAACCUGCGUGCCAGCCUGCCCCUGCCCGAGUACUGCGGGGCCAGUGGUCGCCUCAACCUGGCCACCCACCUGCGGGGCCAGCGGGGCCGGCACUGGCUGCGCCCGCGCGUCUGUGCAGCCUACGGCGUGCGCCCGCGGGACCAGAACGUCGGGACCAAAAACCUGGCGGUGGAAGCGGCCGAUUCCAUCAACGUGCUGGUUCACACGGAGGCGGCACCGCGGGAGGCGCUCCUGCCCGGCGACGUGGGUGACAUGGACGUGGCGCUGCGGGAGCGGCUCAAGGACACGACGGGGGCCCGGCCCGGGGCACUGUGGCACAUCUUCCGUGCGGAGGAUGCCUUGCAGAUCCGGGAUUUCCUGCGCAGGGUAUCCGAGGAGCUGGGGCAGGAGGAGGGGAGAACGGGGGAGCCCCCUGGGUGCUCCCUGGACCCCCCCGGGCGUUACCUGGACGCAGGGAUGCGGAGGCGGCUGCGGGAGGAGUGCGGGGUGAGCGGCUGGACCCUCCUGCAGUGCCUGGGGGACGCCGUGCUGGUCCCCGCGGGGGCUCCCCACCAGGUGCAGAGCCUCACGGGCACCAUCAGCGUGGAGCAGCGGUUCCUGUCCCCGGAGAGCUGCGCCCGCCUCCGGCAGCUCAGCCCCGAUCCCGAUCCCACCGGGGCCACGCGCCAGCUCCCAGCCCAGCUGGAUGGGAUGAUCUUCUCGGCCGUGCGGGAGGCGCUGGGGGUCCUGCGGGGCUGCAAGUGAGCCCGUGGAACGCUGGAAGGACGCCCUGACGAGUCUGGGAUGGGGGCUGGACGUGGGCCUGG